AUGUUUCUGCAAAGAUUACAGUCAUUGGCAACAGGACAAUGCAACGAAGAGGUCCUCAAAACACUUUUCUUGGAACGCCUACCGGAACCGGUAAGAGCUAUUUUGGCCGUCAGCCAAGACAAUCUCACCGAUCUCGCACGACAAGCAGAUGCGAUAUGCGAGGUUACUAAGCCGGUAAACGCAGUGACGUGCAAUGCAAUGACAACAAAGGAGAUGACGGUUUUAGAGGCAAAGAUAGAUGCAUUACAUGCACUAAGCCCUGCAGUUUUGACGCUACUAAGACAAAGGAAAACUAAAACGCCCGUCGUUGGCGGAGGCAACAAACGACGGCGUUUCAACCACCCACCGCCUCCACAUCAGGGACCGCAAGACAGUAUCAACAAUAGCACCAGGAACGAAUUACAAAGAUUUACUCAUGCAGUUCCCAAGAAUAACCAUACCGCGAGCAGCAACAGCGAACAAGAGACAUGCAAUCGUACAUUAUAUAGUAACGAGAGGACCACCGGUGUUCGAACGCCCCGACGUUUGGCACCAGAGAAAUACAAAGCAGCAAGAAUGGAAUUCGAGACAAUGAGUGUACAAGGACACUGCAGACCAUCCAGUAGCAGCUACGCAAGCCCUUUACACCUGGUACCCCAAAAGACAGGUGAAUGGAGACCUUGCGGGGAUUUCAGGAAACUAAACGCAGCAACCGUUCCGGAUAGGUACCCCAUACCUCACAUUAGCGAUUUCGCCAACCACCUGCAAGGAAAAAAUUUCUUUUCAACAAUCAACCUGGUGCGGGCGUAUCAUCAGAUACCGGUAGCAGAAGAGGACGUCCACAAGACGGCGGUAACAACGCCUUUUGGGCUAUUUGAAUUCACCGUAAUGCCUUUCGGGUUAAGAAAUGCGGCUCAGACAUUUCAAAGAUUUAUGAAUGAAGUCCUUAGAGGUCUAGACUGCACGCAUUGUUACAUAGACAACUUUCUGGUGGCAUCCAGCAGCGAAGAGGAACACAGGAAACAUUUAAGAAUACUAUUCAAAAAACUGGACGAUUACGGCUUGACUAUUAAUAUCGCCAAAAGUGUGUUCGGAAAAUCAGAAUUCAUUAAGAAUGCCUCAGGAAUCCAAGAACCUCUUUUCAAAUAUGUACGAAACAGCAAACGCAACGACAAAACAAAAAUUUCGUGGAACGGAACAACCACAGAGGCAUUUGAAAAAUGCAAGCAUAGUUUAGCAAAUGCCACAUUGUUGGUACACGUCAAGCAAACAGAACCCCUCAGACUUACGACGGACGCUUCCGAUAAGGCCAUAGGAGCAACACUCAAACAAUUGCAGGAGGGAACAUGGAAACCAUUGGGUUUCUUUUCAAGGAAAUUACACGGCGCUGAAUUGCGAUACAGCGCUUAUGAUCGAAAAUUGCUAGCAAUUUAUACAGCAGUCAAGCAUUUCAAAUACAUGUUAGAAGAUACAUUGUCCAGGAUAAAUGAAAUACAAUUACCGACGAUUGUAGACAUAGAUGAAUUGGCGACGGAACAAGAGACAGACGCACAACUAAAAGAACUCCUAACAUCGGACACAUCAUUAGUAUUGCAACCACUACGCCUCGGCGACACGGAGAAGACAAUAUACUGCGACGUUUCCAUAGGCACGGCAAGACCCUACAUACUCGAGAUAUUACGUUUACAUAUUUUCAAAGCGGUACACAAUUUAGCACACCCAAACGGAAAAACAACCAGCCGGCUAAUAAGAGAACGGUUCGUUUGGCCAUUCAUGAAGAAAGACAUCCUAAGAUGGGCACGGACAUGCACGCAAUGCCAAUUAGCCAAAAUACACAAGCAUACGAGGAAUCCCAACAUCCAGUUCCCAGUACCAGCACGGAGAUUUCAACAUGUACAUUUGGACAUCGUAGGAGAAUUGAGACAAUGCCGAGGGUACAAAUACUUACUUACCAUGAUUGAUAGAUUCACCCGCUGGCCGGAAGCAAUUCCGUUGGAAGAUAUUACCGCAGAUUCAGUUGCAACCGCAUUUUAUAAACACUGGAUAUGUCGUUUUGGAACACCAGCAAUUAUAACAACUGAUCAGGGAUCACAGUUUGAGUCACAACUAUUCCAGGCACUCGCAAAUCUGUAA